CAUUGCUGAUGCAGAACUGUCAUAUGAAGGGGUUGACGUUACUAUUUUCAGACACGUGACUUUGUGGUCUUAUAAACUAGUUGAAGUCAAUGGGGGAAGCUUAUUCAUCACUGAACUGUUGUUAUACUCGUGGUUAUCUGUUGUGACUCUCCUGAGAGACAGAACAUGGAUGUCUCCACAACCUCAGACUAUGACAGUGAUGUUUUUAUAGACUUGACAACUGAUCCUGACUAUGAAUCAGACCUGGGCGGAUUAUGUAACAAAGAGAUGGUGCGACAGUUCAGUAAGACCUUUGAACCCCCUCUCUACUGGAUCAUCUUUGUUGUGGGGGCUUUGGGGAACCUAUUGGUCGUCUGCAUCUUCACAACUGUGCGAAACCGCCUCAAGACCAUGACUGAUGUGUACCUGCUGAACCUGGCAGUGGCUGAUCUUCUCUUCCUAGGCACAUUGCCCUUCUGGGCCACAAAUUCCGCUCAGGGCUGGAUGUUCAGCCAGGCCAUUUGCAAAGGAGUUUCUGCAGUCUACAAGAUCAACUUCUUCGCUAGCAUGCUUUUACUUACCUGCAUUAGCGUGGACCGCUAUAUUGCCAUCGUUCAUGUAACUGAAGCACACAACUACAAAAACAAACGAAUGCUGUUUAGUAAGAUAACGUGUGUUUUUGUGUGGCUUGCCUCUUGCCUCUUAGCUCUACCAGAAUUUCUCUUUGCUAAAUUGAAAAACAUUGACCCUCAGAGCACUUCCUGUGUCAUGGUGUACUCAAUCACAGACAACAAUCGUACCAAAGUCUUGGUGUUGGCUUUACAGAUCUGUGUUGGCUUCCUACUCCCAUUACUUGUCAUUGUGUUGUGUUACUCAGUCAUUAUUCGUAAACUCAUGCAGGCUCGAAGUUUUGAAAAACACAAGGCUUUAAGGGUCAUCUUUGCAGUUGUGGCGGCUUUUGUUCUCUCACAGUUGCCAUUCAACGGAUAUCUGAUUAUAGAAGCAGGCCAAGCCAACAACGCCACAAUAACGAGCUGUAAAGUCAUGCAAAGCUUAGAUAUGGCUGGGCAAAUUGUAAAGUGUCUUGCCUACACACACUGUUGUCUGAAUCCCAUCCUGUACGUAUUUAUAGGCGUUCGCUUCCGUAAGGAUCUCUUCAGCCUGCUUCAGCGCAUGUCCUGUGGCCUAGGACUAGCUGACAACAGCAAACUGCAACAAGUUCCCAAGAGACCCUCUGUUAUGUCUGACACAGACACCACACCUGUUUUUUCUUUAUAGACCAGCCUACAGUAGUAACAACCUUUUAAAAAGCUUUGUCUAUAUUUACAGAGUGUGUCAUUUUUAUAUGCUAUAGUUAUAGGUCCUUACAACAGCAAACAUUUUUGGGCAAGGCCUUUGAAAUGUAUUUUAUGAUAGUAUUAUUCCUGUAUAGUUCUCUGGCAGUACAUGAUGGGAGAUUGUGGAGAUUUUUGUACAUAGAUUCUGUUCCUGAUAGAUGUAAGUGAUGAAGGUGUGCAUAAUAAAAAAGUAUCUAAGACAGUUUUAAUGUACU